GCACCACAAGAUGGUCCGGGACGACGACAACAACAGUGCGGCGCACUCCUCGGACAGCAAAAGUCCCAGUCAGCGGAAAUCGCGUAUCGGAGAUGGAGCUUCAGAUCCAGAUUCCGAUUGGUAAGUUUAUGCUCUUGCGUUCCUUAUGAUUUCUCGGUUUUGUCUCUGCACACCAAUACAAGUACAACAACCAAUACAUAGACAAACACCAAACAAAUACAUAGACAGUUAACACACACACGCAUAGCUUUGUUCUGCUUUUGAUUUGAUUAUGAUUGUGAUUAUGAUGAUGAUGGUCAUGCUGUUCAUGCUGUUGAUGAUGGUGAUAAUGACGAUGAUCGGCAUGUGCGCGCUUUGCAUUUGAAUAGGCCGCAAGACAGCAAGACAUACAAGCCAUAUAUACAUAUAGACUACAUGCUAUAGAGUAGGGUUUGGGCGUUGCGACGAUCCGAGGUCCAAGGCCGCAGCUCCAACACACCACACAGACACUGGGCCGCAGGUCCGGCACCAGCAACACCCUGUAAAAAGCCACAGACCUUGGGUGGGGGGACAUGAGCUGUACGCCCACCCACACACAUCCACACACACCCCACCCACACACACACGCUGACGGCAACCACACCUAUAGCUAUCAUUGUUUUCCUUUGAUUUGUCUUUCGUUUAGCUAACUGCAUUGCUACCAAAUCGCUUUCGUUUUUCGAACCUCAUCGUGUACCACACGACGUAUGCGUAAUAAUUAGCCACCGCUGUAAAUAGACCAAUGAAAACUAGCUAAACAAAAAUCAAAAAAUGCAACAAAACAAAACCCAGAAAAAAAAACCGAAAUUAAAACCAAGCAAAUCCUAAACGAAACAAAACAUUUAUUCCGUAGCCUGGCAUUUCUAUGUGCCGAAUGCGAAUAAUAAUUGUGCAUAAAUUAAGCCCAACCAAAAUCAAUUAACGCAUCAGCAACACCCCCAAAAUCGAACUGUACAUAAGCAAUGUAUAUAUAUACUCUAUAGACACAUCCAUUGUGUACAUCAUGCAAAUAAACACCUAGUACUAGAUGCUAUAGCAGAACAGACGAUUGAAUGGCGACCCUGAGCGGCUUGAGCAAAAGUUUAAAGUGGUAAAACCUGAUCCCCCUCCCGGACUCCCACCGUCCCGCAAUCCCCCAUCCACGUAGUCGUACGUUAGUCCUAGAUCGAGUUCGUAUAUACUCGUAGUGCGUAGAGCUGGCUCUGGCAAAUUGGUAAUGAUGCACAAAAUAGGUUUACACUGUUCGGUGGUCCGCAUUUGAGUCGCUGUUUUUAAAUUGCCGAAACAACAAUCGUAUUGAUUGAUGACUACUUCAGCUCUUUAAGCUUUAUAAAUGAUUUCGAGGCAUUAAUGUGAUUAAUGUGUGUUUUGUUUCCGGGCAAAAUGCAAACGCAAAAAUGCCGCUGGCGUUUUUAAAUCACUUGUUUAGCUGCCCGAGAGUAUGCAAUGAUGUACUUUAUUUCGAUAGUCCGCCGAAUGCUUUUUCACUGCAUACUUUUGGGCACCUAUACAGGCGUUUAAUGUAUUUGCGAAAGUAGAUUUUCAACAUUUUUUGUUUUAAAACUAAGAGCAGGAGAAUCCUGCCUGAGCCGUUGCUCAGCCGACUUAAAUAAUUUAUAUAUAGUCCAUCAACUUUGCCAGAGUACCCUAAGCUUCGGAUUGCCGGGGAGAACCGUACUCUUCGUUUCUUUUAAUUUUCUUUUAAUUGUGAGAAACUUUUCAGUUUCGCCGAGAAAAGCUCACCUGGCAGACAAUUUAACACUUUUUCGCCCGAGGCCAAGUGCUAUUUAUAUCGAUGGCAGCAAAUGCUUGGCCACUUGGACCCCACUUCCUCGCUUCCACUUCCGAACUUCCUCUUCCCCACUCACUCUCACUCUCUCUAUUUCGCUCUGUCUGUCUCUGUCUCGCUGCGCUGCUCUACUGCUGCUGCUCAAAUUGUUUUCCAAUUGCAAUUUUCCUCAUUUCUUGUCGAUUGCAUAACGCCUAUGAUUGUUAUUUCGUUUGAUUACACUUGAUUCGAUUCGAUUCGAUUUGAGAUGAUUUCGUUUGCGACUCGAACACAUCUUUCGUUUGUAGACCUAGAUAUCUGUGACUAAAACCAUGCCCAUGCCCAUGUCCAAAUGCGUAUCAAUAUCUAUAUCAAUAUACUUUUUGCAUGCACAAGGACCUCAUCUGUUUCUCUCUGUCUGUCUCUCUCUAUCCCCCGCCGUGUUUCGUUGUGCGUUUCCGUUUCCGUUUCACCUUAAUGUUAGCGUUACCGUUACCGUUGCGUGCGUUUGCGUUACGGUCUUUUGGGUUCUCCUAUGAAUGUUUGUCUUGCCACUAAGUAUGCGUAACCAUAGCCGUAAUCCGUAAUAUGUAACCCGUAACCCGUAGCCCGUAACCCGUAACCUGUAGCCCGUAGCCAUACUUCUUCGUCAUCACCAACUAGCGUAAGUGUUUGAUGUUUCGUGUUACGUAAGUGAUUACGCUCUAAAAACUAAACUAAUAAAGAAAACGCACCCCAGUAACGUGAGCGCACGCUUAGUUGGAAUGAUCUUUUCAGUUGCGCUCUAGCCCCUUAAGAGCCCCGUUUUAAAGCCCUUUAAGUAGUCGUUAGCUACCGUAGUUCGUUGUGUGAGACAAUCCCUUUGCAAAAGCCCCACGUCGAACAGCCGCAACUAACUUGCUUCCAUCUCCCACGUGCGAAAACAGGACACGAUCGAACCAGCGCUGGAUGAAGCUGCGCACCACCGUGCAGAUCUCGUCGGCGAUACAGAAGAAACCACCGCUCAAGCGCGAAGACUCCUUCCUGAAGCGUUUCUCGACAAGACAGAUACCCGAAACACAGGAAACUGUUGAAGACACGGGUUCAGAAAGUGCCUCUGGUGACGUCGACAAGAGUGUCAAACGACGACGACGCUAUCUGCAGAAACGACGAUCUGUUGUUAAUCCAGAUGAAAAUUUUUACUUCUAUUGGUUAAUGAUGUUAACUGUAUGUGUUCUAUAUAAUCUAUGGACCCUAAUUGUGAGGCAGAGCUUUCCUGAACUGCAGCAAUCUGUGCCCACGUUUUGGCUCAUCUGCGAUUCGAUGACAGAUGUUGUAUUUAUCUUAGAUAUAAUAGUUCAAUUACGCACAGGCUAUCUGGAGCAGGGCCUCAUGGUAUACGAUGACAGGAAGCUGGCCUGCCACUAUGUUCACUCGCGCGACUUCAUCUUCGAUAUGAUUGCGCUGAUACCAUUGGAUCUGCUGCAGCUCAAGAUGGGCACACAUCCGCUCUUGCGUUUUACGCGCUUUUUUAAAGUUUAUCGAUCUGUGAGAUUUUAUUACAUCGUAGAAAGUAGAACAGUUUGGCCAAAUUUAUGGCGCGUUGUUAACCUAAUUCAUAUCCUGUUAAUACUGGCACACUGGUUCGGUUGUUUCUAUUUUUUACUCUCCGAGGCGGAGGGUUUUCAGGGCGAUUGGGUCUACCCGUAUCGACCCGGGGACUAUGCCACCCUGACGCGCAAGUAUCUGGGCAGCCUGUACUGGUCCACCCUGACACUGACGACCAUUGGGGACCUGCCCACGCCCGAGACGAAUGCAGAACCGAACUUUUCGGUGGACGGCCCUCGAUCAAUUCCGAGGCGAGGCAUUAAAUCGCGCCUGCUUCAGUUCGGCUCUAGCUAUGGAUAUAUUUUUACGAUCGUUAGCUAUUUGAUUGGUGUUUUUAUCUUCGCCACCAUUGUGGGCCAAGUGGGCAAUGUGAUAACGAACCGAAAUGCGAAUCGCCUGGAGUUCGAGCGCCUGCUGGAUGGGGCCAAGACGUAUAUGCGGCACCACAAGGUGCCCGGGGGGAUGAAGCGUCGCGUGCUGCGGUGGUACGACUACAGCUGGUCCCGCGGAAGGAUACAGGGUGGCGGUGACAUCAAUACCGCCUUGGGCCUCCUGCCCGACAAGCUGAAAACCGAAUUGGCCUUACAUGUCAACCUCAGCGUGCUGAAGAAGGUGACCAUUUUCCAAGAGUGCCAGCCCGAGUUCCUCCACGAUCUCGUGCUCAAGAUGAAGGCCUACAUCUUCACGCCGGGCGACUCCAUCUGCCGGAAGGGCGAGGUGGCCCGCGAGAUGUUCAUCAUCGCCGAUGGCAUCCUGGAGGUGCUCAGCGAGACGGGCAAGGUCCUCACCACCAUGAAGGCCGGCGAUUUUUUUGGCGAGAUCGGCAUCCUCAAUCUGGACGGGCUGAACAAACGCACGGCGGAUGUGCGGUCCGUGGGCUAUUCGGAGCUUUUCUCCCUGUCCCGCGAGGAUGUGCUGGCGGCCAUGAAGGACUAUCCCGACGCCCAGGAGAUCCUGCAGACCCUGGGUCGCAAGCGGCUGAUGGAGGUGCGCUGCGUGAACAAGAAGUACGCAAAGGCCCAGAGCGACAAGGAGGCGGCGGCCUAUGCGGCGGCCCAUCCGCACCACCACCAGGCCCACCACCAGGGCCAGGUGCACCAGAGCGACAGCAGCGAGAACAGUGCCUCCAAGAAGAUCGUGGACAAGCUGAAGCACGACGUCAAGGGCUUCCGGAAUGUGCUUAAGAAGUCCAGGACCUCGCGGAAAAGCGACGAAUCCCUAGAGAUGCAGCCCCUGCACAACACCUCGCCCCGCGGCAGCAAGAUCCUGCUGAAGCGCAUGUCGCGCGUGAGAUCGGACGAAAAGGAUGCGGACAGUGCCGAGGCCAAGGACGAGCUGCACGACAAGACGCCCAGCCCCAUUGGGGCGGGGCUGCCGCUGCUGCAGCGCCUCCGGCUGCUCAAGGAGAAGCAGGAUCGCGAAGAGCGAGCUGUUAAGUCCACACCACCACAGAAAUCUCCACCUCACUCACAUGUAACGUGUACGUUAUCGCCGCAGGAAUCGAUCCAGGAGGAGCCCGAACGCGAGUUCAGCGAAGGCUUUCCCCUGAUCCAGCGACUGCAGCAGUUGAAAAUUAAGAACGAGCCGCAGGCAAACGCCGCCGAACCCGGCGUCGUCAUGGUCAACACGCCGCCCAAUAUCAGCAGCAAGAUAGACUCGCAUUUUGCGUCCAGCCAGGCAGGAGGAUCGGUUCCCGGCUUAAAUGGUGGAGGCAUCUCGGCGCCGGGACAAUCGCUGACGGUGGCCCAGAUCAAGCCCAUCAUGAAGGUGUCGUUCAAGCAGAAGAUCCAGCAGUUGCAGGGCGGCGGAGGAGCCAGCAGUUCGCCGGGUCCGAGUACCGGAGCCAUAGCCAAGAAGGAGCCGCCCAAGUCACUGGCCCUGGUGGCCAAGCAUGCCACGUCCGAGGAACCGGCAGCCACAGCUGGACUGGGAUCGGGAGCUGGCUCCGGCAUAGCCACCAUAUCGAAGCGGGUGGUCAAGCCCGGUCACCGGAUGGCCACGCCCCUGCAGUCGGACACGGACACCGAUGGCACGCCCAUCAAGCCGUGGUCCAAGCUGAAGCUGGCCACCCUGAUGUCCUCCAGCUACACGAGCCUGACCAACUGCUCGCCGGACGACCUGACCUCGCCGCUGAAGAACUACUCGCUGAGCAACAUACCCCAGCAGAUGGAGACGCAUCCGCGACCCCGUCACCACAGCGCCAGGAACAGUUCGAGAUCGCCACGGCACGGGCACGGACAUGGGCAUCAUCACCACCAUCACACCCAUCAGGGGCAGGGACAGGGGCCAAGCUCGUCCAGCACAACGGGCUCAUCGGCUGGCCAGGUGAACCAGAUGGCCAGCACUGCGGCCAAGAGGGAUUGCCUGCGUCUCCAGAAGCCGGAGCAGCACCUGCCUGACGGCGAACUGACCGAACUGGGCGGCAAUGGACGCAGGAAGCUCUACCAGAGCGUCUUCGAUCUCUCGCCGGAGUAUUGUGGUCUGCCAUUCGUCAAGCGCCUGAAGAUCCUCAACGAGCGCCAGAAGUUGGCCGAGCUGGAGAGGGCGCUCCAGACGCGCAGCUUCAGCCUGGACUGCUCCAAGUCCGGGCCGGAUAGCAAGGUGCCCAUCACGGAGUCGCUGUAUCGCUGCUACAGCGACACCUCCGGCAUCUAUUCGCAGUUCCUCAGCACUUACGAGUCGACCACCAGCUCCACCUCGAUAUCGACCAAUACUUCCGCCUCCGCAUCGGCGUCCGCCUCCGCUUCCGCAUCCGCUUCGGAUAGCAACUCGCGCCAGUUGCAGUACGUACCCCUGCCAUUAAGUCCCGAAUCCAAUGAGACCAUGGAGCGGCGCAAGCUGAAGAGCAUACUCAAGAAGCUCCAGAUGGGCGGUGGUCAGGAGGAGGAGGCGGGUUCGAAGGUCAACGCCAGUGGCGCCAGCCAAAAGGGCCAGGGCCUGCCGGCGGAGCCGACCUUGGAAGGCCCGCCCGCCAGUGCCAAGGAGGAGGUGGAAUCUCCCUUCGGCGGUGCUGCGGCGAUCGGUUCGGUUAAUAAUAAUAAAAACGGUGGCGGUUCGGGAAACGGUGGCGGUACAAGUGCGGCUUCGAUGAACGAUAACAGUGCCAAUCCGAGUUCGAUAUCCCGGGCGGGCAACAGUGCGUAUGCGUGUCCUCCGCCGGCGGUGGCAUUUCCGUUUCCGGUACCAGUGCCGGUCUCAGUUCCGCUGGCUCCCGCAUCCGGUGCAGUUGCACUUCCGCUGGGAUCGGAGGCGGCGAAUGUCUGGUCGCCGACGUUGACGUUGGUAACGCCCACGAAUUCGCCGCAGGAGAGCUUCGCGUUUCCCGCCCAGCUUCAGAGGGAGGGGGAGUUGGGCGGCCACGGAAACGGAAACGGGCGCGGACUCGUUGGCGGCGUUGGCAGCGCCUCAGCGGUUGGAGCCUCGGCAUCCGCGUCCGCAUCCACAUCCGCCUCGUACGUCGUCGAGUGCUCAUCGUCGUCGAAUCAGAUCCUCCAUGCCCAGUCCACCACUGAUUUGAAUUUGAAUUUGCAGCUCAGGCAGAACACGACCAGUGCGACCAUGGGCGGAGCGGGUCCAGGGCCCCGGCUCGAAGGCUUCCCGGAGGCUCAGGACUACUUCAAUCAGAUCCUGAGCGGCAUCAAUCACGUGAUCAAGACGCACAUGAACGAGAUGCACUCCAAGUUCGAGACGCAGUUCUCCAGCAUGGCGGGCGAGGUGCGACGACGCGAUGCAAUCAUUGCCCAGCUGCAGCUCAAGCUGCGCUCCAUAGAGGGCAAGACCUCAGGCCCAGUGGCAUCCACAUCCGCGUCCUCCUCCGCCUUGGUCCUGCCACUGAGCAGGCGACCGAAGCGCGAGAAGAUGUCCCAGUUGUCGGUGGACGACGAUGAGCCGCCCGAGGAGGACAACAGCAGUUCGGGAUCUUCAGCGGAGCUCCUGUUUAUGCGUGGCGAUUCCCUGGACACGGUCUUCACUUCAUCACCGCCCAUCCAGGGUGGCAGGCGCAGCAUAUCGCCAGGUCCGAGUCGUCAUCAUGCGGCCUCGGCGAACGCCCUGAACUGCCCGAGUAGCUACUACGGAGGACCCGGCUCCCUGAGCUCCCGCCACGCCCAAAGCCAUCCCAGCUUCUAUUCUGGUCAGGGCAAUGGGCGCAGUGGCCGCAGCAGUGGCUAUCGCGAGUGGAGCGGCGGAGCGGACAGCCUGGGCAGCGGGAGUGGAUCGAGCAAUGCCGUCAUGGUGGCGGAUGUUACGGGCAACCUGGCCCGCCUGUCGGACAGCGUGAUUCUGGACAUUGGCGAGAGCUCCAGCUCGAGCUCCUCGUCCAGCAAGAUCAACAUGGCCGAUGUGGAUGACGACGAGGAGGAGGAAGAGGAUCCAGCGGCGCGGCAUUCUCGAGAGGAUGAGGAUCUGGACGACGACGGUGGCGGCAGAACGGCGGGACACAACGACUGGGAGGUGCAGAUGCUGGCCGCCGAGAUGGAGCGGCAGGAGCGCAAGCGUGGUCACUCCCUCUCCGACAAUCUUGGCGAGCUGAAGCACUGCAGCACGUUCCUGCGGCGUCGCCGGAAGUUCAGCGACACGGAGACGGAGUUCAGUGAGACGGACAUGGAGGAGCAGCUGGCCAGGUCGGUCAGCGGCUCCAUGGACCCAACUGGCUCGACAGUUGCGUCUGGCUCCGGCGGCGGUGGGUCCACAUCCACAUCGGCGGGACACCAGAGCGGCAGCCAGCGGCCACGGGCGUCCAGCUUGGAUCAGUUCAACCUGCGCUACGGCAUCGGGCGCGGGAUCUUUAAAGCAAUGAGCAUCGACCGUGAUAAAGACAAGCUUUGAGAACUAUAAUCACGACCAAAUCUAAGUCUAGACCCAACCAGUUCCCGAUUCCCAUCCCAAUCGCAGCCAGAAGCAAGUCAGACCGCUGACAACCAAUAAGCAAUGGAAUUUGGACAGUAUUACCAUGGUACAAGAACUAGGUAUAUGAUAUGAUAAAUGAUAUACAAAACUAAGGAUAUGUGAGGACAUAUAGAUCUAUAUUCUAUAUAUGUUUAGCCCUAACGAAACCCCCCAGCAAAAAUCGAUAUAUAUACAGAUAUACACGAAUAAAGUAAAACCCGAAUGAGAUAUAUAUAUAUAUAAAAGAAAUGUAGAAUUAACGGAAACAACUACUACUAAAACCGAGAAACAACACACAAAUAGCCAGAGAGUGUUCCCAGCCCUGUUCCAAUUAUGAUUUUUUUCGCUUUCGUACAUUGCGUUCUUGUCCUAAUCAUUAUCCCUACUAAGUGCCCAAGCACAGAUGAAUAUUAUUAGCCAAAGGUUCGGUUUUUAACGUUUUCUUAGCUAAGAUGGUAACCAGGGGAAAUUUCGUCCCUAUAGAAUUGAUUACCCUUCGGUAAAAGUCAUGAGUGUGUGAGAAACUUCUUACAAAAUUGGUUGGAUUAGAUCAUUCAAUUAGGUUUUCCGUAAGUUGUCUUAACUGUUAGUUUUACUAUGAUGUUGGUAAUGUUCUUGUUCCGAAUAAGUUUAAAGAUUGUUAGUCAUAUUUUUCCCGAAAUUUUUAAAGACUUGCGUGACUCUAUGAGGGAGUGUUUGUGUGUGUGUGUGCCAAAAAAAAACAAGAGAAGAUAAUUCCCACAUUAAACCGUCCUAAAAAACGUCCAUGCCAUGAUGUGCAUGUUUGUUCAUUUUGUAUGUAUCUGUAUCUGAAAGCUGCAAGCGAAUCUGCAUUUGUGUAUCUGCAUCCGCAUCCCAAUCAUCUCGAUCUGAACCCAAAUCGGAAUAUUGAUCUGUUGCUCGUUUAGUUCGUGGACGACGGGGGCAUGGGUCUCUCUACAGAUGUAUAUACCUCUUAUUGUUAGAGACUAUGGAACAUAUAUAUACAUAUAUAUUUUAAGUACGUACAUAUAUACACAGAAAUAUACAUAGUUAUAUAUCUAUAUAUGAACUAGUGUAAUGAAAACCGAAAGCUUUAAUAACUUAUAUAGAAAACUAUUUAAGAAACAUUUUAAAUACUAAUCGAAUCGGACAAAUGUUUUGAAAUAGAACAGGCCAACCCAUUUCGAAAAACAAACAAACAAACAAACAGGAACACCAAACACAUACACAAGGCAUACACCCGCAUACGAAUAUCUAAAUAUAGAGCCUAUAAUAUGCAUAGAUUAGCGAUUUACUUGUUGAACACCCUCGGUUCGAGCUGUUAAGCCUAUCUAAGCGUUAGUCGAACCUAUCGAAAAACUUAGACUAGCCCCUUCGACCCCUCGAGCCCCAAAGCCUCAACGCCCCUGCAUCCAUUCGGUUUCGUUCACCUGAUCUCACGCUUGCCCUCUGACCUCCUGCUCCCGAUUUCCCACUAACUAGAGACACUAUCUCGCUAUAAGAAGAGCAACUCUAGCACUUAAGUAGAUUAGUGCAGUUCAAGAUCUAUUUCGAAACCGAAUCGAGUCCAUCGCACCGCCCCCGAUGUAAAGAGAAUGUAUCUCAAGACUUCAUGUGUAGACAAGAAACACGAUUGUUGAUUGUUGUUGAUUUUUGAUUUGAUUUAUCGUUACUCUGAACUAAUCGCUUAACUAAAGACAGUUACUAGCCAGGCCCUAGACGCUCUCACUAAUCAAUCAGACGGUAGAGUCCGUAGAGAAACGUUAGACACCCAACUCUAGAGUUUCGUAGUUUUAACUAGCCCCAAAGAGGGUGUUAAGCUGUACUCUACUCAAGCCACUUACUAUCGCUCUGGCUAUCUUUGGCUAUCGAUAACUAUCGUACUGCACUAAGCGCACUAAGCCACACACACACAAGAGACACAAACACAAACAAAGUGAGGAAAGCUGAGGAAGUCAUCCCCAAAGAUACUAUAUCUACACAAGUAACUGUUUCUCAGGUGGGGAACAUAGAAAUUUGCGAUGAAAAUCAAUUUUUAUCGAUAAUUUCCCUUAAAAGCAUAGAUAAGAAGCGAUUGAUCUCUAAAGUCAAUACUUUUUGAAGGGGGAAACUAUUUUUCAUCGUUGUGAAACUGUUAUUUAAUUUUAAAUUAUAAUUUUAUUCCAUUACAUUCUAAAAGGAAAUACUGUUUGUAAGAUCGAUUGCUUCUCUUUAUCGAUUAUAAAUGGCUCUAAGUACCCUUUUUUGAUUGCUGCAGUUAAUUAAAAUCUUUUUACGCCCUUUAUUGUAUAUAUUUUUAAGGGGAUGUCUUUUAAGCCUUUCGAAUAUCUCCCCAAGAAAUAAGAUGUAUCGAUGAAAAAUCGCUUUUCCCGUUCAAACAAAAUUUCUCCACCAACUAGUCCACAAAAUCUGUAAUUCAAGGAACCAGGAAUUCUCAAGGAAUUCUCAAACUACGAACAUAAAAUUACACUCGAUGCAACAACUUAAAUGGGUCACAGCCAGCAAAGCAGUCCAACUAAAUGUAAUAAGACGAACGACAAGCACAACACUUAUGUAAUUCAAGACACAGCCAGAAAUUGGAGCAGAAGUAACUCUAUAAGAUUUUGAUUUAGUCGUUUAUUGGGUUCCCUUGUUGAAGAGGCCAAGUUCGAAAGCCAAGGAAAGCCAUUUAAAUUGAAUUACAUACGCCAGGGACCACGAAAUGUUUUUUUGUCUCUUUUUUAUGAAAACGAAAAACGUGUAAACACAAAAGGAAAACCUAGCAAGUUUAAUGAUAAUAAUGCCGUAACAAGAAAGUGUUAUCGACCAGGAGGUAGCCGUCAUAUAAUCAUCGAUCGAUGUACCCUUUAGCCAGGCACCCAUUAUAUAGGCCCUUUUCCCGAUCCCCAAAAUAUGUGUAAUACAAGCCCACGUAUAUCUAGCUGAUUUCUUACGUACCACUCACGCUCGGUUCAAUUGUUGUCAGCCAACGAAAAGCUCUGUGAGUCAAUUAUGUAUAUGGAUCAUUAUUUUAAUCGAUUGUUUUUAACGAGAUGAGACGAACCGAUGACCGAUUUUGACCCACUCUGUAUUGUACUAUAUUGCAUUGAAUACCACAUCGCGGAUUGUUGUCGUUGUUGAUUUUAAAUUUUAAAUUGCUCGUCCUUAAGUUAUUGAUAUUUUUGUACAUUAGUUUAAGGUAGCGCAUAAUGAGCCCCACGAGUCUAGAGUAAAUUCCUAUAUAAAUGUAUAAAUACAUCUAUUUUUUUUUCUCCUAAUUGCUAAUUUCGCAAUGUUGACCGAAUACUAAAACAGAAUGUACUUAUAGUGAAAUUAUACGCAAAAGAUAAUUUAAACUAAACUAAAUGAAAACUAAACCCCAAGCAAGCAAAAAGAAAAACGAACAAAGAAAUUAGCACAUGUUAAAGAAGCGCAAAUAAAAGUGAAAUACCUAAGAAAAAAACGACAACAAACUUGCCUUCGGUUGCGAGUUACUUUGUAGUGUGCCAAAUCUACAUCAUAUCAACUUUUACUCACCACAAGGUAUGAUGUUGCUGCAGAAUAAUACGAACCCAAGUACGAACACUAAAUGAAACCACGACAAACCGAUGCAAGUGAAGUAAAACCCCGUGCAAGCAAGGUGAAAAUUGAAAGAAAAAUCGAAGCAAACCAAACGUAUUUGAAUAAAAGAGAAAAUGAC